GGUGAAGGCCGCAACUAGGAUGAAGGAGCUAGAGCUUCUAGCUCAGGGUACCCUUACUCGGGGUACGGGGGAAGGAUUAGUGGUCAAGGGCAAACCCGAGAAAUCGGGUGGCGGGAAGAAGAAGGCCAAAGACCAGGUGGAGUGUUGGUAUUGCGGCAAGAAGGGACACUAUAAGAAGGAGUGUAGGUCCCGGAGGGUGAAGGAGGAGACCGAGGGUAAGGGGGUAGUAGCCUCGGUUCAGGAGUAUGAUUCGGAGGUACUUCUAGUAUGCUCCGACUACUCCUCGGGUGGAGGUUCGGAGGUGAGGUCUCCACGUCUAGGUGGAGUUACCUCGGGUAGGAAGCUCAGGGGAAGGGGCGAGCGAGGAAAUGCCAUGACACCGGGUAGAGUUGGUGAGGGUAGUAGCGCUAGGGGCGUUUCCUCUCGGGGUGGAGCACGUACUUGCACGUGUUCCGAGCCUUCGGUAGAGUUGGUGAGGGUAGUAGCGCUAGGGGCGUUUCCUCUCGGGGUGGAGCACGUACUUGCACGUGUUCCGAGCCUUCGGUAGAGUUCCUAUAGGUCG